AUGUCAAGUGUCAAUAUAAAUAAUGAGGAAAAUGUUUCAUCAAAUGAGACUGUUCAAUCACAACAAACAACACAUAUUGUAACAAUACAUCCACCACAAUCUCAGUCAACCCAAUCUUCAGAAAUUUAUUUUCAAUAUCCAAUGACGCCUUCAGUACAUUAUCAUACUAAUGAAAUAAUGCCAGGAACACUUGUUCAUGAUGCUAGAAAUGGUCAUCAUCAUUAUGUAGAAAAUAUAUUUGAUGUACACGAAUACACAGUAUGGUCAGUAUUUAAUUUAAUAUUCUGUUGUCUUCUUAUGGGUGCUUUUGCACUAGGUAUGUCUUGUAAAACAAGACGAAAGAAAAAAGAUGGUGAUCUUAUAGAUGCACGAAGUGCUUCAAAAUUAGCUGUAGUAUUAAAUGUACUUGCUACUCUUUCUGGUAUUGUUACUAUUACUCUCAGUAUUUUUCGAUUUACUGGACAUAUUUCAAUGUAA